AUUUGUCAUCAUAUCGUAAAACCAGCCUUUAAAACACCGUGUAUUUGCUAUUAAUACAUUACUACAUUUAUAUUUUUGGAUAUUAUUAAUUUGAUAAUCGAUUUCAUAUGUUAACUUAAGGGUAGUUUGUUAUGUAUUGCUAAACAUGGUCUAAAAUAAUUUAAAAAGCAAUUAUGGCAAGAUCUCUUGCUGAAAAUUUUCAUAAUUUUCCUCACGUUGAUUUUAACUUUUGGAAUACUACAAAGGUUUUCACUCCUGACGAUUUCAGGUAUCAACAAGCAUUGCUUUUCAAUGGACUCUACCUUCUAUUUGCUUCUGCAAUCAUCUUAAUUAUCUUUGUUGCAUAUUUUCUUGUUUGUUUAUGCUAUUUUUGUGCCAAAUGUCGAACUGAACCACUUAAACCUAGACCAGGAAGAAGCAGAUGUUUGAGAUGGCUGAUUGCAUUGGUUGCAUUUUUGUCGUUUUAUAUUUUAUUUUUCAGCGCUCCUUUGGGAUUAGGUUUUUAUGCCAAUAACAAAACAAAAGAUGGUGUUAGUCUUUUUACACAGUCUGCUUCCAAUAUUUAUAAUCAAUUUGAUCUGUACAAGUUUAAGUGUGUUGUUAUUCAACGGUAUUUGGAAGUUGGUGUUAUUAAGGAACUUUCUGAAAUUAAAUUUGAAAUCAAUCCAAAAUAUUCUAUACCAGCCCCAUUACAAAUGCUUAUGGACUCUGUUAAUGCUGCAAAUCAGAAACUAACUUCCUCUGGCAACUUAUUAAAAGAUGCUGAUGUCAAUUUAGUUCAGCUAUCCAAUCAAUGUAAUAGUUAUGAAAAAAUACGGUGGUGGAUUACAAUUGGUAUUUACUCCUGGCAUUUACUUGUCAUACUUGUUAUAUUCUAUUCCUCUUACACUCAAAGUAGAUGUUCAUUUGUUAUACUAACAGUCAUGGCAUUGAUAUCACUAUCAAUAAUGUCUGCAAGUGUAGCUGUAGAGACAAGUCUCACUGUUGGAGCAUCAGACAUGUGUGUAAAUCCGAAAGAAUCUUUACUUCAGUAUGUUCGCAAGCAACCUGCAACAGCCAUUGUUGAAUAUUAUUAUGAGUGCAAGAAUUCUUCUACUGCUGCAGUAUUCUACCAGGUAUAUAAUGAUGUGUUUGACUUUUUAAAAAUUGCUAACCUGUUGGUUGAGAAUGUUGAAAAUGAUCCUAUUGUUAGAUCUGUUGAUGAUGUCAAGACUCGUAUUGAUAUCAUUAAAACAUCAAUUUCAAGCAGCCAAGAUGAGUUGCAGCAACUACUUGACAUGUUAGAUUGUCGCUACAUUCACCAGCAAUUUAAUAAUGGACUCAAUUCGAUAUGCACCACAGUUUUAAGUGGACUUGGACUUUUGAUGUUAUCCGCCUUAAUUAUAUCUUUUUUUCUCAUGAUUAUGCUAUUUUGUAUUACCCCAAUAUGGAAAGCAAUGGUCCCUCUCAGACCGAUAUUAAAGAGAGAAAAAUUUGGCGUUCACUUGGUCACUAAGAGUUAUGAAGGACCCCCUGGAGGUUCGUUUACAUCUGGCAGUUUCCAAGGUGAUUCAUCUAUUGAUGCAUCCUAUAAAAGUAUUGAAGACAGGGAGGAAUUUGAGCACAUACCUUUAAUAUCAUCGAGAGAUCGUCCUCCUUCUGUGAGUUUGCUGCAUAAGUGCUACUUUAGAAUUUUUAACAUUAUUCUACAAUUCAUGGGUCCAGCGAAUUCUUAUCAGUAGAAGAAGAAGAUGUUUUAAACAAGUAUUCUGCAUCACACAUGAAUCCAUUCUGAAUAAUCAAUUGAUCACUUUUCGUACAUUUCAAUAAAUCAAUUAAAUCAAACAACAAUAGUAUUUUUUAAUAAAAUCAACGCUAAA